CCUGCCUCCUUUCGCCGUCACGGAAGAAGGAGCGAGGAGAAAAAUAGCCAUAGAGGAGAGCGGGCCGAGUGUAAGGAAAAGGGAGAGAAGAGCGGCUCGCCGGAACACAUCGCUCUCUCGCGUCUCCUGAUCUCGUGCUCCCGCUCUCGUCAGGAGGACGGAACAGGGUGAGGAUCGGCGCACGACAGAAUGAGAGAGAUCGUCAGUCACCGAUCGAGCAGGGACCCGUUGGCCCUUUGCACGAGAGAUGGUUUUUAGAAGGAAGAGGGCAUGACGCACCGAACUCAUGCAGUGGCGAAAACACGUGCGCAUCAAGUACGGUGGUCGAGUCGGUGUCGGUCAAGGACAGCGGGAGCGGGAGCAGGUGCAGCUGCAGGUGCGCGUGGUGCAGCUGCAGCGGGAAGGGGGCGCACGACUCAGCUACGUCUGUCAUCAGCCUCAACUCUCGUCAACGGCUCGCCGCAGCUGCAGCGCAGCAACCAUGCUCUGCUGCGGCCGCAGGAAAGAGGGCCGGGGGGAAGUGACAGACAUAAGCGCAAGUCCUGGGAGGCAGGCACCUGCCAACCAGUUGCGCCCCAAGGAACCACCCCCCAUGGUCAUUCAAGGAGACUUCAGGAAGAAUCUACCGUUGCAGGUGAGCGGGAUCAGUACAGAGAUCUUCAAGCAGAUCGAGACUGUCGAAAACGAUCAUGACGCAUCGACAGCGGCGGCCCUCGAAGCUGUUGAGCGGAGAGGCGAGAUGGUCGUGCGUGUCAUUGAGCCUCGGCAAAUGGGUAGACAGGCUUCCGAGGCGGCGAAAAAAUUUAUUGCUAUGCAGGAUCCUAAGCACCCCAUCCACUUCGUCGAGAUAAUCAAACGACCGGGACAGACCCUCGGCCUCUACAUACGCGAGGGCAACGGCGUCGACAGAAACGACGGGGUCUUUAUCUCUAGGAUAGCUCUGGAGACCGCCGUGUACAACAGCGGCUGCUUGAAGGUGGGCGAUGAGAUCCUGGCGGUGAAUCUGGUCGAUGUGACGCACAUGAGCCUGGACGACGUUGUGAUCAUCAUGUCGAUACCGAGGCGACUCGUCCUGGCCACAAGACACGGCCCACAUCAACCUGUUUCGCACAGCCGCCAGACUGAGCACAAGGCACCGCCCGUAGUAGUCAUCAAAAGGGAAUUGAAUGAAGAUGAGAGUGACCACACGACAAGUAAUCAUGUCAGGGAUGGCAGUAGUCGUAGACGAGGCGACGGACGUGAAAUGUUGCCGUCGCGAUCAAGACUCGGUCUCACAGGUUUGGGAUCGAGCCAGGAUCUCGGUUCAAGCAACGGUGAUCUGUACUAUAAUUCACGGCCAGAGGGUCACUGGUCCUAUCAACCACCGCCGCCACCGGUUAUCACGCACCAGCCGAAACCUUCAGCAACGCAACAUUUUCAACCAUACGAGCGCGGGUAUCCGAAGACGUUAGAGAGCUUGGCUGAGAAAGAUUUUACAAAGGUACACCCUUUCUACACGGGGCCCAUGAUGCCCUCAAACGGCCGACGUAUGUCGAGUGGUGGAAUGCAAUCAGUCGGUGGCAGAUUGUCGGGCCAAACCACGCAGUCGACCCAUUACGGCUACGGUCAGCACACCGGAAGCGGAAGGAUCAUGCCGAGGAGUGGUUCCGACCAGCACCUACCCCGAGUCGAUUACACGAGCAUCACGACGCCGGCGCGACAUACCCUUCUUAGAUCUAGCUUGAAAUCAGGAACAUCAGCAUUGCGUUAUAAUCCAAGGUACGGACAGACUGAUGUUACAUCCGCCGCGCAGAGGCAAGGACAAUUCGGCACCUUGACAAGGCGGCAUCGACCAUCAUUAGACUAUGCCUCUGACACCGAGGCUACGUGUUCCAGUUCGCCGAAAUCAGCAUAUUACUAUUAUAGGCACAAUAUGAACAAUCCAUCUCAAAGCAGCGCCGUGUCACAUUUAGCUACCCUAUCGAGGUCACAAAUCGGUCAGAGUUCCUCAGGUUUAAGAUCAAAUUCAUUACCACGAAGCGGUCGAACGUUGCCCCAGCAGCCUGGUCUCAGAUCGGGCCUCAGCACGGUCGCGUCGGGCCUGAUCGAUCAAGAAGACAGCGACGGUGCAUUAUCAGCUCCGGAAUUACCUUCCAUCAGACGUGACAGGGGCAGGAUACCGUCCUCACCGAGUGUAUUCACGUCGGACGAGUACCGCGCCUGGCUGAGCCGCACGCCAAGUACCAGUGCUCUGUACGAGCAGAUCAGGGCGACUACAAGUAGACCACCCCGUUAUACAUACAGCGCCGAGAAUAUUCAUGCAGCCGUCAAUCAGGGUGACUACGGCAGUUACGGUGCAUACAGGCCGCUCUCGACUACGCUUGAUCGCUUGUCGACGAGAUCAGCUUCGGCUCAACAGGUCAAUCUUGCGAAUCUGAGAGCGUCAACGGCGAUUAGCUCGACAUGCCAUCGCGGUACAACGAAUCCGAGGCCAGCCUCGGUGGCUUCAAACGCGCGCACAUCGCUGGCAGCCCAGAAAGCUUCACUAACAAGUUCCGCAAGCCAACGGGCGACAUCAGUCAGAAGGAUCAGGAACCUGUUGGAUUUGGAGUCAACGAGGAGCAUACCUACCCCAACGCCUACCAGAACUCAGGGUCAAAUACUACUAGAUAUUAAUCCUGCGGAAUUCCUCAAAUAUAAAAUAGAGAAGCCACCGACUGUGGGCACUCCGAGUUCGACGAGUUCGAUUUUGAGCUCGCUCGGAGAGACAACUGGCGGUGAUUUGGCAAGUGGAGUCAGCGGAUUGUUAUCAGUUCAUCUUUUAGCGGGGCGCGGUCUCCGAUCGACUACGACCUCAUCGGCCGCUACUACACCUUCCACUCCCUCAGGCCAGCCGAAUUUAGCUAGUUGCGGCUUAAGAGACUUGUACUGCGUACUGGAGUGUGACAGGGUGCAUAAAGCGCGCACGGUAGUGCGAACCGGUGAUUUGAUGUUUGACUGGGACGAAACCUUCGAGCUGGAUCUCGUAGGCAAUCGACAGCUGGAUCUACUCGUUUAUUCUUGGGACCCACAGUACAGGCACAAACUCUGUUACAAGGGAUCAGUGCAUUUGGCGAGUCUACUAAAGGAAUCGCCAGAACAUCAGCUGGCCGUCAAGGUCGAGCCACGUGGCACGAUUUAUUUAAAAUUGCGAUACACUGACGCCCAACAAACUUUUCGUCGAAGGGGUUUGCCGGUCAUAUCCUUAGCUACGAGGGUAGCGCCUCUCUUUGGAGUUGAUUUGGAUACAGUGGUAAGUCGAGAAACUAAGACUGGUGGAGUUCCCGGUGGAGUUUCCACAGCUUUAGCGAUGGGAAUCCCGAAUGUUCCGAUUAUUGUAUGGCGUUGCGUCGAAGAGGUGGAGAGAAGAGGACUUGACAUUAUCGGUUUAUACAGACUAUGCGGUUCGGCGACUAAGAAGAGGAUACUUAGGGAAGCUUUCGAGAGGAACGCACGGUCCGUAAAUUUGUCACCCGACAACGUGCCGGACAUCAACGUCAUUACUGGUGUACUAAAGGAUUAUUUACGAGAACUUCCAGAACCUCUCUUCACGAAGUGCCUCUACCAGAUGAUGGUCGAUGCACUGGCCGUCUGUUUGCCAGACGACCCGCAGGGCAAUGCUAAGCUUAUGUUUAGUAUACUAGAUUGCUUGCCUAAGGUCAACAGGUGCACAUUGAUUUAUUUGCUGGAUCAUUUGGCGAUGGUAGUGUCGCAAUGCAAUAAAAUGUCACCGGCAAGUCUCGCCGUUUGCUUCGGCCCGGUAUUGAUGUUACACUCGGAAGAAAACGGACCUCCACUAGAUUUUCAACAACCAAUCGCCGUGCUUAAGUAUUUGUUGGAGAUUUGGCCAGUUAAGUCAGUUCGGAAGACUUCUUCAGUCGGUUCAACACUUCCUCGAGUUAUGCCAGUAGUCGAGCGCAGCAGCAGUCAGCAGCAUCUGCAGCAAGCGCAGCAGCAAGUGCAGCAGCAGCUGCAGCAACAUGUGCAACUGCAGGGAACAUUGGGACGCACAGGGCUGCCUUGGCAGCAGCCACCCUCACUUCAUCAUCAACCCCAAACUACGGUAGCCGUAGUCCUCGGGCCUUCCAUUCGUCCUCCACCACCGGUCAAGCCUCGACAGGUGAUAGUCUCGUCUCCCGGUUCACCUAGCAGCGAGGAGUCAGAGGCCUCGCCAGAGCCGAUUAACAAGAGCCUCCUGGGCAGUUUGGGAUAUGAAAAGAGCGACGAGACGACGACGACGACGACGACGACAUCGAGUACGUCGGGCGGCGUCGGCGCCGGUACGGGCGUUGGCGUCGAGCAGGUGACACCUACAAGCAGCGUUGACACCGAGGAGGGUAAUCCCCAGCAUCCUGAGGAAGGCGAGAAAGGCGUCGAGGGUGAUGUCGAAGCUAGCGAUGACGAUCGACAUCAGCAUAUACCCAAGACGCACUAA